GGUAAUGCAGACGGUGGAGCAAUGUACGCCGGGAUUACGUAGUGUUUUUGAAUAUUUAGUUACCCGCUCAAUUAUUAGUUACCCGUCCUAAAGCCAGGGCUGCUCCAGAUGGUCCGAGGGGUUUAACCUUGAUCGACACACACGGGGGAAAUCAGUGCUCUCUCAGUAUGACGUUUUUUAAUCAGGAACAUGUAUAAAAGUACACAUAAGAGCACGUUGAAAUGAUUACUUCCCCACCCAAACGUAGUGUUGGUCAGACCAACAGUGUCUGGUAUCGUACGAGCUUGUGUUUCGUCAUUCGGGCCACACGUUCGCACAGCGAGUGCCAAUUGACAGGUGAUGAAGUUAAGGGUUCAAGAUAUAAGAAGGUAAAUUAGGUCACACCUGCAUCAGGCAUUCUUUAGUUGUAGGAAAGCCACUCUACAAGUGUACAUGUUUGAGUCUGCGUUCUAACCACUUUUAGACAGGGAGGGGAGAUAUCUACUCUGAGAAACCCAAUCAACUUUAGUGGCUGAAUAUGAUGGGAAACAUAGAAGAUAUAUGACUGGUUUUUGUUAGUUCUCAACAAUGUCAAAUGUCAUUUGUCACAUUUAUAUAACUUAACCAGGUCAUAUAUGUAAUAAGGAUACACAUUGGAACGGAACCAACACAUGGAAUUAAAUUGAAUACAAGGAUAAAUUAACAAGGGAAAUCAUAUCUCAUAUUUCAAAUUUAUAUCACAAAUUUGCCUCAUUGGGCUUUAGAAUCUGUACACACGCGACGUUUUCUGUCCCGGGAUCCCUCACAUCAGAAUACUUCAGCCGUAUAAGUACUUUACACUUAUAAUUUGCCCCCUUGAUCUUUGCUCGUGCACUUAAAUAAGUUGCGGGAUAAUGCAGGAAAAGUAUUCAUCACAUUCUGGGGUCAACUCAUAAUCCAUGCUGGUGACUGCAGGCUCUGCACAGCUGCAGUCCAGUCUGUCUGGCCUCCCCCAUUGUAUUAUUCAACGUGUUCUCCUCAAGUCAACUAUAAAUAAGUGAACAGCCCCAGACAGCCUGGGAGAACCAGAGCUGCCUCCGGUCAACACUCUUGAGAUGACACGUUGUCCUCACAACAACGGCUGUGCAACACCCAUUUGGAAGUAUGUGACACCCUGGAGUAGAAAUGCAGCGCUGGAAUGCUUCAGAAACACGUGUGUCUAAUACCACUGUGCUAAUGAAGUUAAACAAAACCAGUUAUUCUUUCAUUGUUCGUCCUCUCCUAACAUAAUAUCAGCACUUCCGAUGAAACAGCCGCUUUCCCGUCUACUUAACUCUCCUCCGUGUCCCUCUUUGAAACACCUGUGUGAAGCCCCAGCGCGGAGCAGCCUAUUUUCCUAUCAAAGUACCGCUGUGUCCCCGCCGUGCUUCCUGUUUCUCUGUCAGCUCUUCCCCCUCCGCCGGCCCGAUGGGUUCCAAUAGAUAACAGCGCUUUCCUUCUCCCCGGGCCAGGGCCAGCUGUUUCCACUGCAUGCAGUUUUUAUAAAUCAGGAGCUGGUCCCAAAAAGCCUGCUUUUGUUGUACAGAGGAGGGACGGUCCAGGGCCCCGUGGAAACACUUCCCCCACUCAUGCGAGCAAAACUCAGAGAAAGACUAUAUAUGUAUGUGUUGAUGUAUCAACAGAGCAGAGUUUUGAUUACCGUCAGGGGACCAGGGGGAUACACACACAUACACACACAAGCUCGACACACAAACACACACACACCAAGCAGGGAGAGAGACGGAUGAGAUUUCAAACACUGGCCACGUUGUGUUUGUUGAAGCACAUCUGUUUCUUCCUGUCCUGCUGCUUGGUUUUUAGCUGUACUUCACCUACGCUCGAACCCGCUGACCACGGCCUGCCCUGUUUCCUUCAGGCAUCUGUUGAUGUCCUUUGAGAAAAGAACCCAUUAGAGGAAAAGGGACCAGGUCGGACGCCGACUACAGCGUUUUGGGACGGCAGGUUAUUUGUGACCUUUUGCCAAGCCAACGCUACCCGAUUAUUAUCGGUCGGAGUAAACCAUGUCCUUCUGCUUACAUAAGACUGCUUCAUAGCUAAUGUGCACUGUCUUUGCUCACAGCUUUUCACAGACCUUUUAAACGGGAGAUGUUUUGAGUGAAAUGCACAGGUGGGCAUCAUCACUGCACAAUGCAUGUAGCAUCUAGUUUAACUCAUCGCAGAGCCCUUGCAUUGUGCGAUCUCGGCACGUUGUCAUCCUUUGUCAGGAACCUUGGCAUCACUUUCUGAGACACUGGGAUACCAUGUUAGGUAGUGGGGUAAGUACUUAAAACGUGAACAAUGUAUGGAAAACCCAGAAUUAACGCAACUUAAAAUGAAUGCAAACCCCGGCCUCCUGUUUGAUAUUCCUGUUGGUUUGACCCAUCUACCUCUACGUCCUCCCUGUGAGUUGGCGUAAUAAUACAUACUAAAAUAACACAGCUCCUAAACCUAGAUUUCCACACAACUCAGUUUGAUAAAUACAAUAUUUUCCAUUCAGCCUAUUUAUAGUUGUUAUUAUAGUUAGACUGGACUACUUAGAAUAGUCAGUGUCAUAUUCUUCUAAUAUUUGGCUCCUUUCCAUCUCACACUUUCAGCCACUAGGUUUGGAAAUUUAGGUCUGUUUUGGACACAAUCUUCUUCUAAAUAUCUGCAUAGUACAAAACAAGACGAUAACCGACACAGAGAGGGAUAAUUCAUUGCAACAGGUUACCUGCCUUCCUUUCAACCACUCAGAGGGGAAAGAGAAAAUAAAAUCGACUUACACUUUUUGUCCCUUCUCGCGUUCCGUCGCGGGCACAAAGUCCGUUCGUUCAGCACAAAGUGCGCUCAUAAGAAAACUCAAAAGUGAUGCUUUGUGCACUGAAAUAAGGCUUUGAUCAGCUGCGCGUGUCCGCAUGGCGGAGGUUUACUACGUCGGGGUGGACGUGGGCUCCGCCAGCGUGCGGGCGGCGCUGGUGACCCGGGCGGGCCUUCUGGAGACCGCAGCGGAGGAGCCCAUCAGCAUCUGGGAACCGCAGUCCGACCACUAUGUCCAGUCCUCCGCUGAGAUCUGGGACAAGUGCUGCACGGUGGUGAAGAGAGUGACCCAAAAUGUGGAGAAGAGCCGUGUAAGAGGCAUCGGCUUUGAUGCUACCUGCUCGCUAGUGGUUUUGGACCAAGACUUCCAACCUGUGCCAGUCAGUCAGGAUGGUGACAAACAGAGGAACACGGUGAUGUGGAUGGACCACCGUGCUGAAGAACAGGCUGCUCGUAUAACCAACACCGGCCACAGGGUCUUGAGCAGGGUGGGAGGGGUCAUGUCACCAGAGAUGCAACCCCCUAAGCUGCUUUGGCUUAAAGAGAAUCUGAGAGAAAGCUGCUGGGACAAAGCUGCUCACUUCUUCGACCUUCCCGACUUCCUUUCGUGGAAGGCGACGGGCUCUUUGACACGGUCUUUAUGUACUCUGGUGUGUAAAUGGACUUACUGCCCUCCAGAUGGAUGGGAUGCCGGUUUUUGGUCCAGCAUCGGACUAGAGGAUCUCCUGGAAAACAACUUUUCCAAAAUAGGCAGUGCGACUUGUUCCCCUGGCAGCCCGUUGGGAGGCGGCCUCACGCAGGACGCAGCGGCGGAUUUGAGUCUGGAGGCGGGAACCGCUGUCGGUGCUUCUCUCAUUGAUGCUCAUGCCGGAGGCCUCGGUAUGAUCGGUGCAGAUAUAAAAGGCUUUCAGUUGCCCUGUGAGGACCAGCCGAUCUCCUCACGCAUGGUGAUGAUCUGUGGAACGUCAACCUGUCACAUGGCGAUCAGCGAGCAGCCUCUGUUCGUGCCCGGAGUGUGGGGGCCCUGCCUGUCUGCCAUGGUGCCCGGCAUGUGGCUCAACGAGGGAGGACAGAGUGCCACAGGAAGGCUGAUCGACCACAUGGUGAAGGGCCACGGCGCCUACGCUCAGCUCCAGGAACAGGCCCGCCAGAGAUUUCCCCACACUGGCGAGAACAUCUACAGCUACCUGAACAACCACCUGAGUUUGAUGGCUGCUUCUGGUCCUACCGUGGACCUGCUUGGCUCCAGUCUUCACGUGUGGCCUGACUUCCACGGGAACAGGUCCCCCGUGGCGGACCCCACCCUGAAGGGCAUGGUGAUCGGACUGCCACUCUCCCAAACCUUGGAUGACUUGGCCCUGCUCUAUUUGGCCACUGUGCAAGCCCUCGCUCUCGGUACUCUCCACAUUCUGGAGGCCAUGAAAGAAGCAGGUCAUGACAUCAGAACCCUCUUCCUGUGUGGCGGGUUGAGCAAGAACUCCCUGUUUGUUCAGAUUCACGCCAACGCUACAGGACUGCCAGUGGCGUUGCCUGACCAGGUAGAGGCGGUGUUGGUCGGAGCAGCAGUCCUGGGUGCGUGUGCAUCACAGGACUACAGCACUGUGCAGGAGGCAAUGGAGAAGAUGGCGAAAGUGGGGAGAGUUGUUCAGCCCGACUUGGAGCUCCGGGGCUUCUAUGAGAGAAAGUACAGAGUGUUCCUGCGACUGUUGGCCCACCAGAGGGAGUACCAGGCGCUCAUGAACCAGAGAUGACGCCGCCGCUGCCGCCGGGGGGGGAGGCGGCCGAGCUGGAAGUGACUCUCUCUGUCGUCAUAGUGAUGAUAAAUCCACACGCUGGGAAACGAGAAGACAAAUCCCGACCUUGCUGCUUUCACUGAAAUUAACGACCCAAUUUUUUUGUUGUUUUUUUUUAAUCUGGGAAACAACAGCACUUUGAGGUUGGAUAUCGCUCAUCAGGUUUACUCGGUUCUAAUCAUUACAGCGUAGACUCGGCUCAGGCAGGUUUCUGAAAAUACGCUCAUGAACAGAUGUCUUACACCUCGGCUCUCACCGAAGGUUAAACGCCACCAAGUGCCUCCCGUUUCACAUGCAUUGUUAAUAAAUAAUUCAAACGAUAGGUCUGCGCUCAUACGUUUGGCAUGUACACAUGGCCGAUCAAAUGAAUGAAAGGACAAAGCGUUGUUUGUGCAACGAGCACUAGAAACCACUUCAGUACACAUUUGAUCCAUUGAUUGUAACCGUAACCUGAUUGUUUCUGUGUUACAAAGUUCAAGCUUCAAGCUCCCUUAUGUUUUAUAAUAUUGUGUCGUCAUCUUCUCUCUAUCCUUCCAAAAAAGUAUCAUUCUGAAAAGCAGACUGAACAUCACAGCUUUUAUUAUUGGAGUUGUAGGUGCCGUAAAAACUGACAAACAGAAAAGUCAUACAUAUUCCUGAAGACGUUGGUUAUUAUUCAACCCUCAGGUUUUUUUCCGUUUGUUUUUUUCCCUGGUAGGAGUAAAAAAAACAGCAAUGGGAGCUGCUGGAUUGAGUGCAACACGAGUAAGUGUUGAACAUCAGCGCCGUCUCCUAUUGCUGGUGUGUGUAGCGCAGGUACUUCUUGCCAGAGGGCAGGUCUUUGGAGUAGACGCCAGCUGGGAACAAAGAGGCGGCCUCCUCCUCAGACAUGCCGGCGGGGACCAUCACGCAGUCUCCAGGCUGGAAGAACAAAAAAAA